AUGUCGACGCAACACGGCACGCGCGCGCGGGCGCUUGCGCGCGAUCGUCGGCGCAAAGCGGUCGAAGGAGCAAACGCGCUCGACGUGAAAACGACCGGGACGCCGCGCGUCGCCGCGCGACUUCACACAGACGAACCGACCGAUGUUGCCACGGCAUCCGACGCGGAGAAGAACAGGGUUAGCUCUGCGAGCGCGGCGAAAGCGUCUUCAAGAUCGAAACGUGCGAAGGGUGAACUCACAGAGUCGCCGACGUCGCCGAAACGCGAAGGCGAGUCGGCGGACGCCGAGGACGCGCGCGCGUUCGAAGACGAGGACAACGAAAUGGACGAAGUCAGCUCGGGGGGCGAUGAAGGACAUAUCGAGUCGAUGCUCGCGACGGCAGGUAGCUCGCGAGGCGACGCGAUGGAUCCCGACGUCGAUUUUUCCGCCGUGCUUCACGAAGUUCCGAUUGAAAUCAGAAGACGUCUCGCGCCCAACGAGUCUGGUUUCACGGAGUCGGUCACGCAUUCAGAAGAGUCAACUUUUUGCAGAGGCUGUCGACGAACGCUGAGUGUGGUUCUUCAUUUCGGUGUCAACAACAAGACGUGUCGCCAGUGCUUGAUUCGACAACGGCUGAAGAGGAAGAGGUGCGCCACGAGGAACUCGGAGCAGUUCGGCAACGGAAGGACUACUGAGGCUCGAAAGGAUAAAGCAAUGAAUCCGACCGGUCCAUGA